GUAAAAUGCCGAUAAAAAUCGCAGAAACGCGCGUACGGUGAUCAGUGAUGGCGCUUUAAUCGCUUUAGCGACGGAUCAGCGGGAAUCGAACGAGUUUAUCCUUCAUAUUUACCGAGUUUGGCGACAGACUGACGGAACCGAGCGAGAGCUGCUGCCGCCGGUCCGGUUGUGCGCGAGAUGCCGAGCAAAAAGAAGAAAUAUAACGCCAGAUUCCCUCCGGCCAGGAUUAAGAAGAUCAUGCAGACGGAUGAAGAAAUCGGCAAAGUCGCCGCUGCAGUUCCUGUCAUCAUCUCUCGUGCUCUCGAGCUGUUCCUGGAGUCUCUCCUGACGAAAGCCUGUCACGUCACCCAGUCACGCAAUGCCAAAACCAUGACAACAUCACACUUAAAGCAGUGCAUUGAACUGGAGCAGCAGUUUGACUUCCUGAAGGAUCUGGUGGCGGCAGUGCCCGACAUGCAGGGAGAUGGAGACGAGAACCACACGGAGAGUGGCGAGAAGAUCCCUCGCAGAGGUCGUAAGCCAGGCUCGGGCCGCAAGAACGGCGGCGCUGGGGCGAAGGGCAAAGACAAGAAACUCUCAGGCACUGAAUCAGAGCAAGAGGACGAUUCAGAGGACAGCGAGACAGACGGAGAGGAGGACGAGGACACGUCUCAAACCAGCACAAACACACAGCCUGCCUCCUACUACCACAGUCCGGACGUCCCGCCGCAGUACGUGCCCAUGGGCUCGCAGCAGCAGGGCUCGGCGUCUCCGUUCGCCCCGCACCCGUCGCUGAUGGGGAUCCUGCCGCCCGCUCCCGCGCCGGCGCCGCAGAAGAACCACGACGAGGACGACGACGAGGAUUACGACUCGUAGCUCUCCGCUUUUGUUCUUCAGCUGCUCGCGGUGAAAAGAGAGACAGAAGGAGGUCGUAGGUAUCGAGCGUCACAGGAAGAUGAAUAGGUUCUGUAUUAGCUGUUUUAAUUUUUUUUAAAGUCUUAUUUUAUUGUCCAGGAACAGUUAUGCUUGUUUUAUUGUGGGCGUUUUUUCUUCAGUUCGCGAGAGAAGGUGUUUCGGUGUAGAUUUACCCCCGUGUAUGUUUGCACUUUCGUCCGGAUCUGGUUUUCAGAGCAUUCGUCACUCCGGUCUGCGUCACGUCACGCUCGACUCGUGACCAGGACGUUCAGGAGGUUUUUCUUUCUUUUUUUAGCAGAAGAUGCUCGUGUUCGUCAAUCCUUGACUUGUUUUGUAAGGGAAAUGCAGAGCGAAUAGUUCUGUUCUUUUGCUUUUGUCACUUAUUAUGUUUCUGGUUUUGUCCUUUUUAAGCUAGUUUUACAAUUAAAGCUUCUUUCCUCCAUUGAUUAAACUGUCUAACCGUCACUCAGAGGCACAGUUCAUUUUUCUUUUCACCCCAUGUAAGUCGUGAGCUGGACGUGACUGAUCUGAUUUGCAGGCGAGUGCUUCUGCUGCGUUUUAAUGGUUUCAGACUCUUUCUGUUGGUUUCUCCAGGACGAUGCACAUUUGUAUAAAUGAUAUUCCCUCUUUGUUUUAUAUCUUUUAGACUCUUUUAAUGUUUGCUGUGAGGUUGGAGAGAAACUUGACUUUCUCUUGUCUCCAUGUGUACAGCGAGGCUGCGCUCUGUUCGCUUUUAACCUUCUCUUGAUUUUGUAUGAGUGAAAUAAACUUUGAGGUUUCAGUAA